AUGGUUAUUUGUUCAUCGUGUACUGUAAGUAUUCUGGUUAAACAGAAACGUAUUAGAUGCUCAUCUGCAAAUUGUUCCAAUCAAUAUCAUCAGGAAUGCGUAAAAUUUAAUGAGACCUCUAUAUCACGUGCUAAGUGGACAUGUCCUACGUGCAGUAAGCAUUCCUCUAAGGGAGAGGAUGAUAGCAAUGGGCUUACGAAAAAGAAUUCCCCAGUUCCUGCCAAUACAUCCCCGAACGCUUCUAUAUCGAUUACAAAUUCUUUCCAAGAAAUGGUUCUUGAUGAAAUACGUAGUUUAAGAAGUGAAAUAAAUAAAAAAUUUGCUGAACAACAUUUAUGCUUGAAUAAAUUCGACUCGUCUCUACUUUGCCUGCAGAAAGAUAUCAAGGAGCUUGGCUCAAAAUUCUCCGAAAUUCGGAAGGAAUUGGAUGAAGUUACUAAGUCUGUAAAUUUUCUAUCAGAAGUGCAUGAUGAUCAAAUAAAAAUUAAUGCCGAAAACACUAAGAUAAUCUCUAAACUUGCAGCUGAAAAUAAUUCUUUAAAAACUCAAUUAAAUGAUAUAUCUUGUCAUCUCGCUGAAAUAGAGCAAAGAAACGUGGCUAAACGAUACGGUAUU